UACUUUUUCUCUCUCUCCUUUUGCCUCCCUUUCUUUCUUUCUUUCUUUCUCCUUUCCCUGCUUUUUUCUAACUCACUUUCCCUCUCGUUUCCUUCUCUGCAAGUCUUAUCCCAUGAACACCUCCUCUUUCCUUUCUCCUCCCGUGACUCCAACCACAUCCUAACAGACCCUAACUCCCCUCCCCCCUCCCCCCUCCCCUCCUCGUUCCUCUCAUGACUCCUCUCUCUUUUCUUCUCUUUCCCCUCUGCGACAUCGCCAUCACCGUCACCGUCAAUCAUGCGCUCGCCGCAGCCACUCCGCAACGGCGAGACGCCCUCGCUGCACCCAAGGAUUCCGGAGACUCCUUUCCACUCGACCGUCGCGGUACACAAGCUCAAGCGAUUCAACUCACUGAUUCUCGUAUUUAGACUCGCGGCCUUCUGCUUCUCCUUCGCUUCCUCGAUUUUCAUGCUCACUAACUCCCGCGGCUCCAGUUCUCCUCGGUGGUCCGAUUUCGACGAGUACAGAUUAGUUUUCGCUGCAAACACGAUAGUAGCUCUCUACUCUAUCUUCGAGAUGGCAGAGUCUGUUUGGGAGAUCUCCAGAAACGCCACCAUCCUCCCUGAAAUUCUCCAGGUCUGGUUCGACUUCGGCCACGAUCAGGCGUUCGCGUACCUGCUACUGUCAGCAGACGCUGCGGGAGCUGUGCUGGCAAGGCGGCUGAGGGCGGAAAACACAUGUACGGAGACGUCACCGGCGUUCUGCGUGCAAUCGGAAAUCGCGAUAGCGUUAGGGUUCGGGGGAUUCCUGUUCAUAGGGUUAUCUUCGCUGCUGUCGGGUUUCCGGGUCGUGUGUUUCAUAAUAAACGGCUCUCGCUUUCAUCUAUAGGAGUGAGAGAAGGGAAUGUCUUGUUUUUUUUUUUUGGUUUUUUGUUAAGGUGUGUGCGGGUAUUGGGUUGAUUACCGUGCUCACUACUUGGUGAUUUGGACUGACAUGACGUCGUGGGUUAUGUUGGAAGUGCUCUUUCUUUUUCUACUUUUUUUUUAAAAUAAAAUUAAAAAAAAAAAGGAAUUUGUACUGAGUAUUUGUCAUGAUGAUGUGUUGGGGUGGUGUGUAAUUUAAAUUAUUAUAUAUUUUUUAGGGGUAAAGGGAGGAUAGAGUUUUUGAAUGAGAGAGAUUAUUCUCUCGUCCUUGAUUUUUUUUGGCAAACACAUAUCCCAAAUAAUUCAAUCUAAUUCUCUACU